AUGCCGAACCCGAUUGCGACCUUCGACACCACCGAAGGUGUGAUCAAGUGCGAGAUCUUUCUGGAACAGAUGCCAAUCACGGCAUCCAAUUUCAUUGACCUAGCAAAAACUGGCUUCUACAACGGUCUCCACUUCCAUCGGGUCAUUCCGGACUUCAUGGAUCAGUUUGGUUGCCCCUUCAGCAAGGAUCCCAAGAGCACCCGCGCCGGCACUGGAGGCCCUCCAGAUGGCAGCUUCACGAACCUCGUGACCGGUGGCAAAGAGACGCGCAGCAACGGCGGCAACAUCAAGGACGAGUACGCUGCCCGUAUCUCCAACGAACCUGGCACCUUGAGCAUGGCGAACACCGGGCAGCCGAACAGCGGUGGCUCCCAGUUCUUCAUGAACGUCGUCCACAAUGACUUCCUCGACUGGUUCAGCCCCGGUGAGUCGAAGCACCCUGUCUUUGGCAAGUGCGUCGACAAGGCCAGCUUCGACACCAUGGUGAAGAUUUCCAAGGUGCGUACCAGAGACGACAACCCCAUCACACCAGUCAUGAUGAAGAGCGUCACCAUCGAAGGCGUGUAG